CCAAAGCUGUCGACCCCAAGAAGGUGGAGGAGGAGGAAGAGGAGAUUGACAUCGACCUGAGCGCGCCCGAGACGGAGAAAGCUGCGCUCGCCAUCCAGGGCAAAUUCCGCCGCUUCCAGAAGCGGAAGAAGGAGUCGGGGCCCUGA